CUUUGGACUCAUCACCAUGGCAGCUGAGGAGAGAGAAACAGUGUCAGAGAGAGAAACAGAAGAGAGUCAAAGAGAGAUCUGAAGAACAACAAUGGUGAGAGCACCUUGCGUUGACAAAAAUGGUAUCAAGAAAGGAGCUUGGAGCGAAGAAGAAGAUAACCAAUUACGAGCUUACGUUCAACGUUAUGGCCAUUGGAAUUGGCGUGAACUUCCCAAAUAUGCAGGGUUAGCUAGAUGUGGCAAGAGUUGUAGAUUGCGUUGGAUGAAUUAUCUUCGACCAACUGUGAAACGUGGAAAUUUUAGUAAAGAAGAAGAAGAUCUCAUCGACAAGUAUCAUAGAGAAAUGGGAAACAAGUGGUCAGCCAUAGCUGCAAAAUUACCAGGAAGAAGUGAUAACGAGAUCAAAAACCAUUGGCACACACACCUGAAAAAACGCACUUCUAAACACAAUCAAGAUUUCUCCAAAAAAGAAGAAAGUUCUUCAAUCGAACAGAUUAUGCAAUUUACAAGUCAACCUCCAAGUUUUAUUUCCAAUGAGUCAAUAGCAUCUCACAGAUUAUCAAAUGAGUCAUUGGUAUCCGAAAGAGUUUCUGAUGACACAUCAUCACAUUCUUCACGUAUAGAGAAUCGAUUACUCAUAGAUUUAAAUCAAGAAUAUGUUUUAGAGGAGGAAUGAAGAUAAGGGUAUCAAGUGGAAAGCUGAUAUGACAAAAGUAACUGUUUCAAAAGAGGUAAAGUCUUUAAUCCCGAAUGAAAGGAUUGAAAACUUUUUAACUGUUUGCUGUAAAUUAAACAACAAUUUCCUCAACUUCGAUAUCAAUUUGUUAUUUCUUUCUUUCUUUAUAAAAUCUGUCUUAAUCAUGAUUUUGAGUUUUGGGUGUUGCAACUUACAAAAACAUGAAUGAGUGGGAUUUGUAACUUAUAAGCUUACACCUACUACAACAGGCAUAGGAAAUGACCAAAAUGCCCCUAGUGAAACACAAUGAGUAAAACUGAACCUAUUUAAAGAGGG